AUGAAAACCGAUAGUCCACCAAAAAUGAGAGAACGCUCACCGAGCGUCGAUGAGGACCUUCGUGGGGCGAAGCCUGUUUUCGAACAUGAGCAAAAGUGCCAGGAAGAUCACACCCCUAUGAAACCCCGGAGGCAAAUCAGUGGCACCCCCAGUCAAUUUCGAUUCUUUUCUGAUCACGAAAUGCCUUAUGAUGGACCAGCAGCUGAUCACACCUCGGUUCUUUCUGGGAUUUCUGACCCAACUGGAUUCGGCUCCUUGGAUAGUUCGUGGCGAUCGUUCGGUUUCGACACUUCCUCGCGUCUAGAAGUUCUUGGACCACUACGUGAAAAUGUUGAUGAGAGUUACUCGUUCAACGUUCCACCACAAAAGCUCGUAUCCUCUUCAUACAUGAUGCACCACACCUCUCGCGAACCAUCUACUAAAGACAUGCCUCCGCAACCUGUGUGCGACCGAGACGAAGGAACUCGAGUGGAAAACGAUGCCGAUACCUUUGGUAGCGGUGUAAAGUACCAUGAUGAUAGUCCAGCUUUUCCAGUCCUCCUUUCCGGUGAGGAAUGUGCUGAUCCACUCAAGGCUGCCUGUUCCAUUCGUAACGACCCUAAACUCGCGUACAUGGAAGGGGCCAUUGAUUGUGGUGAUAACGGCUUCUUCUGUACCGUAACCGAGCAAGAUGACUGGGAACCAAGAGAGCUCUUGGACAAUCUCAACUUUGGAUACUGCAAUCGGACCAAAGCCUUUGAUGGGACUGAGUUUCAAGACGAUGGUCAUUGUCAUGGUUCUGACGAUGACUCUGCAUACUACUGGGUUCUUCGAGAUCAUUGGUUCCGUCAAUAUAAUGGCCGUCUUCGCUGCUGCUGUAAUUGGGAUAGUGAAGAAGUCGAUGACGACGAUCCAUUGAGUAAUGGUCUCUUUACCUGCCAAUCGUUGUUGUGGUUAUAUACCGCCGUUGGGUUCCCGAACGCUGAGCAGCAGUGUACUAGGUGA